ACUCUGGGAAGCGGAAGGACGAAAAAGCCGGUCGGUCGCGUGCGACAUACUGUGCUGAGGUCGCUUUCACCCAGCCGGUAAAAUGUAUUACAAAUUCAGCGGUUUCACUCAGAGGCUGACGGGGUCUGUGUCAUCUACGGCGUACAGUCCUCAGGGUUUAAGGUCAAGUAUACCCUCUGAAGCCUCUACAUUGAUCUUUGCUACUCCAACCAAAGUGAUUUCUGAGUCUGGGGCUUCUCUAGAGUACAUGGGUGCCAACAGGGUUCCAGACCUCCAGAGGAUAUUUCAGUCUUCAGAUGGGAUCCCGGUGCACCUUAAGCGCGGUGUUCCUGACCGACUCCUGUACAGGACCACCAUGGCUUUGACCGUCGGAGGUGCUCUGUACUGUUUGGUGGCUCUUUACAUAGCUGCACAGCCUAAGAAUAAGUAAAGGCCUCCCAGCGUGUUUGCACGUCCUCACAUUGGUAUUCAUGAACUGUAAUAUGUUCCUGGAUAUAUUUAUCAUCAUGUAACAUAUGGCAGUUAUGUGUGAAGAUUAUGGGGAGAACUCUGAACUUCUUCUGACCUCAUUUACAGUGAACAGUCCUGCUGUACUGAUCAAAGCUCCAGUUGGUACAAAGGGUUAGCUUCUCUAGCAGCAAUAAGUGUAUCUUCAAAAUAAUGGGAAAUAUUUAUUAUUCAUUUACAAAUAUUUGAGAGUGAAAGCACUUCCUAUAGUGGAGGAUGUAAAGGUUUCUCUGUAUUUAAAUUCCAUUCACACACAGUGGUCAUGCAGAGCCCAGACUAAAUUUAAGCUAGGGUUACGUGGAGGUGUCAGUGAUGGAGUGUUUUGAGAAUGAGAUUGCAGAAACAUCUGACGGGUGAAAAAAAAAAAAACAAGGGAGGAACCUGUAUCUCGCAGCUUUGUAGAUUGCUGCUGCAUUUUAAUGCAACCAGUCUCACCUCUGUGAAUCAAUUCAAUAUAAAUAUGACGGUAUGUUAGUGCAGCGAGUGCAUGAGAGGUGAGUCGGGUAUAGCAGAGCACUUUCUAGUGAACAGAAAUAACGUUCAUGUUGGGAGCAAUAUGAAUGUCCUUGUUUAUUGAAAAUGUUAUUAUUAUUUUAAAUAAUGGAUAAUACAGGUGGAUGAAUAUUUGUGCAUUUCCUUCCUUAUUCAGAUAAACUUUAUUUUGGUCACAGAAAA